GCUGCGUUCUGCACUAGCUGCAGGCGUUUAAUUGACGCCUGGUCCUUACCCACAUACAGAGCAUUGCAGCAGUCCAACCUCGAGUUGUCCCACACCUGAUGAGUGGAAGCUUCAGUCUGAUGGAUGCUAAUGGACUGUACAUGUCCACAGGAACACUAAGCUAUGAUGCUUUUGAUCAGAGGAUGCAUGUUAGACACUUUGAACUUGUUGGCAAUCAGACCGCAUUUCUGGACCAGCUGAUGCUUUUCGAACAGUCUACUAUGAGAUUGACUGGAGCAAAUUAUCUUGCAAGAAGAAAGCACUGGAUACCAGCUUCCUUACCAUGCAUGCUCCCUUUGAUGCUAAACUGAUGGGUCAGGUUUUCAUGGGCUCCUCUUCCUCCUGGGGAAUGGGUGCUCUUAUCAACACCUGGUAUGGAGAACUGCCAAACAAUGGCCAUUAUACAACCGUCUUCCCUGAGAUUGGCUGCAUCCCUUUGACCAUGACUUCCUACACUCCCGCAACUGGAUGGGCCACAAUCAGCACCUUCAACUGGGUCAUUGGCAACACAAACCCCAUGGACUACAGUCCUCCUUUCUUCUGUGCCAAGUCUCAACUGGAGGAGAUGGAGACGCCAGAUACCUUCCUUACUGGCUUGCAGUCUAUGGCCAUAAAGAAUAAGAAAGUGGAGUACAGAUCCAAGGCGUCUCAGCAAGAUAAUCAAAACUGCUCCUGUCAGUGCAGCAGAGUUAAUUAGAAUGAUUAUUAUGUGUGUUAUUAUUAUUCAAUAAUCAUCAUGCUUUACAAUGGUU